ACAGGUGACGACAUCGUUGUCAUACUCGUGAUUUCAUAACACGCCAUUUUCUUUGUGUGAAGUGCUGGCACAGGAAAAUUUCUCUCACUGUUUUCUAUCUAAAUCAAGUUUACAAUGGCUUCUCGUAAGAAAUUACUUCUCAAGGUUAUUAUCUUGGGAGAUUCAGGAGUCGGUAAAACCUCUCUGAUGAAUCAAUAUGUAAACAAAAAAUUUAGCAAUCAAUAUAAAGCAACCAUAGGAGCAGAUUUUCUGACCAAAGAAGUUAUGGUAGAUGAUAGGAUAGUUACUAUGCAGAUUUGGGAUACAGCGGGUCAAGAAAGGUUUCAGUCUCUAGGCGUUGCUUUCUAUAGAGGCGCCGACUGUUGUGUUCUCGUGUUUGAUGUAUCAGCACCAAGCAGCUUGAAGUCAUUGGACUCAUGGAGGGAUGAAUUCUUAAUUCAAGCUUCCCCUCGAGAUCCAGAUAACUUUCCAUUUGUCGUACUUGGAAAUAAAGUUGAUGUAGAACCCAAACCGUUCUCUAGUAAGAAAGCACAGCAAUGGUGUCAAUCUAAAAAUAAUAUUCCAUACUUUGAAACUAGUGCAAAAGAAGCAAUCAAUGUUGAACAAGCCUUCCAGACGAUAGCAAAGAAUGCUCUUGCCCAGGAAAGUGAAGUGGAACUGUACAAUGAAUUCCCUGACCAAAUUAAAUUGACUAACGACCAAAGAAGCAAUGGCAAAGGUGAUUCUUGUGCCUGCUAGGUCUUCGAACGAUGAGAACUUUGGACGAGCACAUAGAUGUACAGGUCAGAUCGUACAUUCGCGUACCCCCCUGCGCAUUUUAAAAAUACUACAUCGAGUUUCAUAUGUUUUGGAAGUUCCAGGUAUGCUCCUUGGUUGUUUCAUGCUUCAAACAUUCUUAUUGAAAUUACACAGAAGAAAUGACUAAAAUAAUUGAUAUACAACAGAUUUCUAACAGUAAUAUCUAACGUUUUUGUAAUCAGGAGCAUCCGUUUGGCUUCCUCACAUAAGAGACUAUGUUGUAGUUUAUAUUGUGUGUUUGUGCUAUACUUGACUUUCCAAAUGUUUGGCUUGUCAAGCAAUAUGUUAAACACAUUUCUAAAGAUUAUAAGGCUCUCUUAUUGGGUAUGACGAAGAAUAUGAGCUGCCCUACCUAAAUGCAUCUUUACAACUCAUUGUUGAUGCCCUUUAUCAUGAAGUGAUACUAUGUUGUUUUCAAAUUGUCGUACACAUAAACUGUCGUGUUGAGAAAAUAAAUUUUACAGGUCGUGAACACGAAACCUAGCGUAAUAAAUAGAUCGUUGCAAAUAUGUUUGCUCAUGGUUUAUUAAGUACAAUCGCAUUUAACCGUGGAGAUCCAAAAAAUGAUUUAUGAUCUGUGGAUAGACAUAUUGUACGAUAUAUUGGAUAUUGCGUCAAUGAAAUUGGAAUCGUUUAAAUUUAUGUUUAUCAAUGCGCCAAGAAUCAGGAAAUUUAUUAAUCAUUAUUUGACUACUUCUGAACUUCUAUAACAGUGGAUCGGUUUAUCGUUUUGAUAACGUUACAAUAGUCUAUUCCCUAUUUACGUAGGCGUUUCAAUCUUAAAAAGUUGGUGCGUCUUCGAUGGGAAAAUUCACUUUUUAAAAUUAAAUAUCAGUAAUUGUAUGAUUUGUCAUUCCGCGUUCUCAGUGCUCCCGCAAUAUUUACAUAUUAGUAUUUUCACGUGUUUGUAAAUUCCUCCCUGUGGUGUGAAAGCUUGGAACCGCAAUGCAUGGAUUUUCAAUGUACACUAAUUUUAUACUAUCUAUUUUAAAAUAACUCAUACCUAUUGAUCAAAAGUUGUGUAAGAUCUUUCUAUAUUAAAUUAAACGGUUUCUAAAAGUUAUUGAUUUUUCUCUACGUUGUUUUGUUAAAUAAAUUUUAAUUUUAGAAAAAUGGUUGGGAACAAAAUUUAAUUUGCGUAAAGUUUCAUGAAUUCAAAUAUUUUACUAUAUAAUAUUAACUUAACGUAUUUUUUAAAUACGUAAGUCUAUAAAACAAACUAAAAACGUGAAUGUAAUGAUCCUAUUAGUGGUUGAAAAAAUGAUGUAACGCGGUAUCGACGACCAUUUCCAUAUUUAAAAUUAUAAUUUUAGAUCUAAGCCACGAUUUUGAACCAUGUAGAGCAAAAAUUACGUGAGCUAUGUAAAAGCUGAAUUGAUACAUGUAAGAUUUCUUAUAAGGUUUAGCACGUGUAACAUAUGCGUACAAUCGUGUGGUGUCCCAAUUCUGCUAUAAUAUGCGUAGUACGCGUGUAUGCGUAAUUGUAUAUGUAUAUAAAUGAUGAUGAUCAUGACGAU